UUGCGACCGCGCACUGACCGUACUACUUUUGACUAGUAUAGCGUUGUUUGGAUAUAGUUAUAAGAUACAUAGUGUAGUGACUGGAAAUGUUGGCUUUUCCUCAAUGGAGGCCGGAGUUUACCGGCGAGGGCUGCAGACUGCAGCGGUGGAUGCCUGCGGAAAGAUUUGCGCCUUACUUCGCUCAUUCCAUCCCUCUACCACCACUACCGCCACAGACAGAAGACGAAGAUUCAUCAGGAAGUUCAUCCCCUGAACGUGAAAGCGCAGACAAUGGAGAAGUUUCCAUAUGUGAUUGGAGGGGGUGUGGGGCGCACUUUGGGAGCAUCGCACGGCUAUCCGCACACGUGGCACGCGUACAUGCGCUUGCGCACAGAGACGGGAUGUUCUAUUGCGGGUGGCGGGGAUGUCCGCGCCCGCAGAGAGGAUUUAAUGCACGGUACAAAAUGCUUGUGCAUGUGCGUACACACACGAACGAGCGCCCUCACACGUGCAGCCAGUGCAACAAGAGUUUCUCGAGAGCCGAAAACCUGAAGAUUCAUCUUCGAUCUCACUCGGGAGAAAAGCCUUAUGUAUGCCCUUAUGAGGGCUGCGGCAAAGCGUAUUCUAACUCAAGCGACCGUUUUAAGCAUACGCGUACGCACACUGUCGAUAAGCCUUACUGUUGCAAAGUUAUUGGCUGCAACAAACGCUAUACAGAUCCGUCCAGCCUCAGAAAACACGUCAAGACUUAUAAACACUUCGUCACCGAGGACUCUAAGAGAGAAUCCUCAAAGGAAACAGAACCCUUCUCACCUUUAAGAGAAAACGUAUACUUUAAUCAACCAGUGUCACCAUUACGCGUACCUUACAGUCCCCCUAAACCAGUAUCACCCACCAUUCCCCCAUAUAACCCCAUCUUACCCCUCGCAGACCCCAUUAUUCGCCUACCCUAUGACCAAGUAACGUACCUGAGACCUAAACCAAUUUACCCUACAAAAGUACCAAGUCAUGAAAUGUCAUAUAUGGAAUAUACGCAAAUGUAUGAGCGUACAUACAGGAAUUACUAUAACACAAAUGCAAGCUAUCCAGUAUUGAGGCCUAGUGUCAUUGAGAAGGCAUACAGUAACGAAGAGAAACCAAGAGUGGACGAUAUCGUUAUGAAGGAAGUACAAUAUAGUAGAAGACUCGACCAGGAUAUGCCCUUGAAUUUAAUAUGCACAAAGCGAUCAGAGUACAAGCCAAUAGAAGUCCUAGUCAGAAAAACAGACUUGCCACUAGACUUAAGUAGUAAAAGUUAAGUUAAUUAAAUUAUU